AUGGCUCCGUCACCCUCUUCCAAGAAGCACCCACUCUACCGCGGAAUCCGUUCCCGCGGAAGAAAAUGGGUCUCCGAAAUCCGCGAGCCACGCAAGGCCUCCCGGAUAUGGCUCGGCACCUUCACCACGCCGGAGAUGGCUGCCGCCGCCUACGACGUCGCAGCGUUGGCCUUGAAAGGCGACGGGGCCGUUCUCAACCAUCCUCACUCCGUUUCGAAGUAUGAAAUCCCCGCAACCAACUCUCCUGCGGAUAUCCGCACUGCUGCCUCCGCUGCAGCCGCAAUGAUAAAGGCUGAAACUGAAGCUUCCCACAACAAUCCAUCACCAACUGAUAAUGCGUCAUCUUGGUGGUUUGAAAAUGUUUUCGUGGACGAGGAAGCCAUUUUCGGCAUGCCAAGUUUACUGGUGGACAUGGCCGGAGGAAUGCUUCUGUCGCCUCCCAGAAUGAGCCCGCCACCGUCCGAUUACUCGCCGGAGAAGCAAGCUGCAGAAACUUUGUGGAGUUAUUUUUGA